AUGAAGUAUUUCCUGGGUGUGGAUGUCGGCACAGGGUCCGCGCGUGCGGCGCUCAUGGAAGAGGGCGGCCGGAUCGUCGGGCAGGUCGCGCAUAAGCUGAGUACGUGGAAGUACAAGAGCGACGACCGCCUGUACGAGCAGUCGGGCGACCAGGUCUGGGCGGCGAUCGCACACUGCGUGCGCAGCGUCGUGCAGGAAGCCCAGGUCGACCCCGCGUCCGUCGCGGGCAUCGGCUUUGACGCGACAUGCUCGCUUGUCGUGACGGAUAGGAGCGGCAAGGCAAUCAGCGUCACGCCGCGGGGCGAGCAGACCGCCGAGAGCGCCGAACGCAACGUGAUUCUCUGGGCGGACCACCGUGCGGAGGACGAGGCAAAGGCGAUCAACGCCACAGGGCACAAGGUCCUCAACUACGUCGGAGGUACCAUGUCGCUCGAGAUGGAGACGCCCAAGACGCUCUGGCUCAAGAAGAACAUGGACGACGCCACAUUUGCGAGCGCCAUGUUCUUCGAUCUGCCCGACUACCUGACGUACCGCGCGACGGACGCCAAGGCGCGCUCCAACUGCAGCCUCGUGUGCAAGUACGGCUACAUUCCGCCGGGCGUCGCUGGCAGCGAGCUCGGCUGGCAGCCAGACUUUCUCGAGGCCAUCGGACUGGGGUCGCUCGCGGGAGACGACCAGUCGUUCGAGGCGCUCGGCGGCGUGCCGGGCCGCAAUGGGCUCGUGCUCACCGCAGGCAUGCCGGUCGGCGCGGGCCUUUCCGAGCGCGCGGCAAGCGAGCUCGGCCUUUUGCCACACACGCCUGUCGCCUCGGCGCUGAUCGACGCCUAUGCGGGGUGGGUCGGCACUGUGGCGGCCGUCGACGAGGCCAAGGCGGACGAAAAGACGACGCUGCACGACUCGCGCACGCGCCUCGUCGCGAUCGCAGGCACCAGCACAUGCUACUGUGUCCAGAGCGCCGAUGGCGUGCGUGUCGACGGCGUCUGGGGGCCGUACAAGAACGCCGUCUUUCCCGACUUUUGGAUGAACGAGGGUGGGCAGAGCUCGACCGGCCAGCUGAUCGACUUUAUCCUCGAGACGCACCCUGCCUAUGCCGAGCUCCAGGCCGAGGCGGAGGAAAAGAAGACGAAUGCGUUUGCGCUCCUCCAGGCCUCGCUCGAGGAGCAGGCGGCGGCCAAGGGCUACGAUGCGUCGCUCGCCGGCCUGCUGCUGCUCGUCAAGCACAUGCACAUGUACCCCGACUUUUACGGCAACCGUUCGCCACUUGCCGACUCGUCGCUGCGGGGUAUGAUGAGCGGUCUGUCGCUCGACCGGUCGCGCGCCGACCUCGCGCGCAAGUACCUCUUGACGCUCGAGGCGAUCGCGCUGCAGACGCGCCACAUUGUCAAGGAGAUGAACGCGUCCGGCCACGCGAUCGACGCUAUUUACAUGUCGGGCGGCGGCCAGGCCCGCAACCGCCUCCUGGCACAGCUCAUUGCCGACGCGUGUGGCCUGCGUGUCCAGAUGCCGGUCGAGGCGUCCGAGAGCGUCGUGACUGGCUCGGCAAUCCUCGGGCAGCUCGCCGCCGAGAUUACCGAAGAAAAGGCGAGCACGCGUGCGCCUAGCGCCGUGCUGACCACGCAAGACGAGGUCAACAAGCUCGGCACGCAGUACGCCGAGCGCCUGUGGCAGAUCAUGGCGAGCACGACCAAGGGAGGGCACUCGAUCCACCCCGACGCCACGACCAAGAUCAAGGCACUGCUCGAUGCGAAAUACAAGGUACGUCGCCCUAUUAACCUAGAUUUUCCGCGAGUGCAUUGA